CUUUGGAUAGCGUUCAGCUGCGCCCUGAAAAGCUGAGAGACGUGUGGUUACGUUUUGUUUUCUCAGCUCAAUCCUGUUUUUUUCUUUUCUUUUUCUUUUCCCUCUUCUUUCGUCCUGCAUUGUUCCUCCUUUUCUGUCUCAUUCGUGGUUCAUUCAAUUUCUCUCGUUGUCUGCGUGUGCCAAUUCGUGCUGCGUCCGCCGUCUUGUUCUUGGAUUGCGUGCUUUUCUCAAUUAGAUCGGAUAGAGACUCUCAUUUUUUGUUUAGCUUUGAUGUCCAGAAUUGCGCAAGAAUGAUAUUUCCUUGAUCGCUUCGCUCCAAUUACCCACAACGAAGAAGAUAGAGCCGUCGACGAUCUUUACGACUUGGAUUCAGCACCGCUUCAUCGCGAAUCUCAAAUUCCCAGGCGAUCCGACCCCACAUCAGCACCAAUCUCACAAAUCCCUGCUCUUUUGCCGAUAACAGAAGAAACGACAUCGUCAUGGUCAAUCUUGUUCUUGCUCCCGUUCUGCUACUAGCAGGCCUCGCCAGAGCCCAAUCCUCUGGUAAACGGGGUCUCGUAUUCACGCCCAAUGCCGAUUGGCCCAGCGACAACCAGAUUUGGGUGCAGAGUGGUAGUGAUUUAACAUGGUACUACAAUUACCAGUCGCAGCCAUCGCCGGAUUACACCUCAAUUUCGCAGGACCAGUUUGAGUUUGUGCCCAUGAUGUGGGGAGUUUCGGCCAACCUCAGUGACACGACAUUCCUUACACAGGUUCAGACUCUUAUCAACCAGGGCACCAACAUUACGCACGUACUGGGUUUCAACGAGCCAGACGGCUCAACUAGCAACGGCGGGAGCGACAUUGAGCCCAGAGAUGCUGCUCAGGCCUGGGUGGCUAAUUUCGAGCCUCUGGGCAAGAUGGGCAUCAAGCUGGGGCUUCCAGCGACUACUGGCGGACCCGACGGCAUUCCAUGGCUGAAGCAGUUUCUGGCGAAUUGCUCUGACAUUGUAAGCACUGGGAGUCAGAAGAAGAAUUGCACAUUCGACUUUUUGCCUGUGCAUUGGUAUGACAACUUCGCCGGACUGGCGUCGCUUAUUGGUGAGAGGAGGGCAACAUGGCCUAAUACCAGCAUUUGGGUGACGGAAUACGCAUUUGCGAACCAAGAUCUACAGACGACGCAAGAGUUCUUCAACCAGACUCUCGAUUACUUUGGCAAGCUGGAUUAUAUCGCACGAUACACUUACUUUGGUGCUUUCCGCUCCAAGGUGUCCAACGUUGGACCCAAUGCGUCGUUUUUGAACAAUGGAGGCCGGCUGACUGACAUUGGAUCUUGGUAUCUUGGCUUCGGCGCGACGAAUGUUAAGCCUACAAGCACGAAUGCGGCGUCCUCGACAGGAUUUGUGUCUGGUUGGACUAUUGCUGCGAUCGGAUUGAUGGUGUUGUUUACCAAUGGAUUGAUGUAGAAGGUUUGGCUAUUGAACGAUCAAGACAUGAUUGUAAUGACAUGUAAACGAAAAUGGUAUGGUAUCUUGGAGUUUAUGCGGGCAUCUAAUGGUAAUGUAUGGCAAGGUUGAAUGGCAUUUGGAAAGCAAGCAUUAUCGGAAAUCUAUAUAUGAAGUAGGGCUGUAUUUUUACUUAGACAUGGAUAAAUUGUUACUGUAUUGAACUUUAAGACAUUGAUCACGGCG